GAAUCGCACGUAUUCGAAGCACGCGGAAAACGCAGCAAAUAAAAUAAAAUCCAAAUCAAAGUUAAAGUGUGCUAAAAGCAAGUGGAAAAGUGAAAAACUUUUGAGUUCUCGGUUUUUGUGGAAAGCGCAAAAUUCGAUAAUCGGUGAAAAGCGAAGCAGUUAAUCAGCGGAGUUCAAACCAACAGAUAAACUGAACUAAAACUGUGCUUAAUCAGAGAGAACUGUUUCCUAAAAACUGUUUAAACUGUGAAAAGUGUCAACACGCUUAACAAGACUACAAAAAAAAAUUAUAAAAAGAAAACCGAGUGAAAAUCAAAUUAAAUCGCAAGAGAUUUUCAGCAAGUGCAACGGUAACAACGUAUAAUGGCACCAACAAUCACUGACAAUUGCGAAUUUGAAUGUGCUACUGUUGAGGCGACAACAACAACAACAACAACGACGACGAUUAGCGGCGAUAAUUUCGAUAACAUCGAUAACUUCGCCAGCAGCGGCAGCGAUAGCAUCGAACAAUCGAAUGAAUUGCAUUUGAGCGGUGAGCAGCAGGAUCAGGAUGUCCAGGAGCAGCAGCAGCAGCAGAUGCCAUGGGAGGCACCUGGAAAACAGGGGCUCUACGAUCCCCAGAAUGAGCAUGAGGCCUGCGGAGUCGGUUUCAUCGUGGCCAUCGAUGGCAAGCGCUCUCACAAGAUUCUACGUGAUGCCCAGACCUUGUCAGAACGGAUGAAUCAUCGCGGCGCCUGCGCCUGCGACAAUGACACUGGCGAUGGCGCUGGCGUCUUGGCUUCCAUUCCUCACGGACUCUAUGUCAAGGCUCUUGCCAAGCAGGGAGUAACCUUGCCGGAUUUGGGUGACUAUGCCACGGGCAUCUUUUACCUGGAUGAGGCCCAGCAUGCUGCCGCCGAGAAGGAGUUCAAUGAGCUGGCCAAGACACUGGGCUUGGAGGUGAUUGCCUGGCGCACUGUGCCGGCCAAUCAGGCAGCCAUCGGUGUGGUGGCCCGCAAGUCGGAGCCUCUGUCACGUCAGGUGUUUGUCCGUCGUCCCGAGGGCAGCGAUGAGAAGACCUUCCAGCGGCAGGUGUUCGUCCUGAGGAAGAGGGCCAGCCACGAGCUGAUCAAACCCGGACGACGCUUCUACAUCUGCUCGAUGUCCGAUCGCACGGUGGUGUACAAGGGUUUGUUCACCUCGGACCAGUUGUGGGACUACUACACGGAUCUCAAGAAUCCCGAGUUCGAGACGUACCUGGCCCUGGUCCACACGCGCUUCUCCACCAACACCUUCCCCAGCUGGGAACGGGCCCAUCCUCUCAGGGUGCUCGCCCACAACGGUGAGAUCAACACUCUCCGGGGAAAUGUUAACCUGAUGAAGGCGCGCGAGGGUGUGAUGCAGUCGGAUCUGUUUGGGGAUCAGCUGAAGAAGCUCUAUCCCGUGGUGGAGCCGAAUCUCUCGGACUCGGGCAGCUUUGACUGCGUGCUCGAGUUCAUCACCAUGGCCAGUGAGCGAUCGCUGCCGGAGUCGGUGAUGACCAUGGUGCCGGAGGCGUGGCAGAAUGACAAGACUAUGCCGCAGGAGAAGCGUGACUUCUACCAGUGGGCCGCCUGUGUGAUGGAACCCUGGGAUGGUCCGGCUCUCAUCAGCUUCACCGAUGGCCGCUACAUUGGGGCCGUUCUCGAUCGCAAUGGACUGCGUCCCUCACGCUUCUACGUGACCAAGGAGAACGUGCUGGUCAUGGCCUCCGAGGUGGGCGUCUACGAUGUGGAUCCUGCGCAGGUCACUCUGAAGAGUCGCUUGAAGCCGGGCAGGAUGUUGCUGGUGGACACCAAGGAGCAGAAGCUCAUUCAGGACAUUGAACUGAAGGCCACGAUCUCCAAGUCGAGGCCCCACUCUGAGUGGCUGCAGCAAAAGAUGAUCACCCUGGAUGAGAUUCGCAAUGCGAAUGUGCUGAACACUCCGCAGGUGGAUGACCUGGCAAAGCUGCCUGCCUCCCAGAGGGGCAUCUUUGAUCCACGCCUCUCCCUGUUCGGUUACACCACGGAGACGGUCAACAUGCUGCUCAUUCCCAUGUUCAAGAACAAGAAGGAAGCCCUCGGCUCCAUGGGCAACGAUGCUCCGCUGGCCUGUCUCUCCACCUUCCAGCCGAUUCCGUACGAGUACUUCAAGCAGCUGUUCGCCCAGGUGACCAAUCCGCCCAUCGAUCCAUUCCGCGAGAAGGUGGUCAUGUCGAUGCAGUGCCCCCUUGGACCGGAGGCCAAUCUGCUGCAGCCAUCGGCACAGCAGGUGCACCGAAUUUGGCUAACCAAUCCCAUACUGAGCAUUCCAGACACCCAGCUGCUCAAGCGGAACACGCACCGCGGCUGGCGGACCAAGGUCCUGGACAUCACAUUCCAGUACAACGACGGCGUCCAGGGUUACCUGGAUUGCAUCGAUCGUGUGUGCCGCGAGGGCGUUUCGGCAGCUCAGGCGGGCUACCAACUGCUGGUGAUCUCCGAUCGUGGAGCUGGAAUCGGUGGCAAGGUGGCCGUGUCCGCUCUGUUGGCACUGGGAGCCCUGCAUCAUCAUCUGAUCGAGACUUUGCAGCGCAUGAAGGUGGGCAUUGUGGUGGAGACGGCAGAGGCCCGUGAAGUGCACCACAUUUGCGUGCUCCUCGGCUACGGAGCGGAUGCUAUCUGUCCAUAUCUGGCCUUCGAAUUGGCCCAGGCUCUGCGAGAUGAUGGAGUAAUUGGUCCGGAGGUCAGUGACAAACAGAUCUACGCCGCCUACGCCCAGGCCAUUGAUACAGGCAUUGCCAAGGUAAUGGCCAAGAUGGGCAUCAGCACACUGCAGUCCUACAAGAGUGCCCAGAUCUUCGAGGCUGUUGGAUUGGGCACCGAUCUCGUGGCCAAGUGCUUCCGCGGAACCCAAAGUCGCAUUGGUGGCGUCACCCUGGAGAUUCUGGCCAAGGAGGGCCUCGAGCGCUAUCAGCUCACCUAUGGCAAGACCUCGCCGGACACCCGCAUCCUGCGGAAUCCGGGACAAUACCACUGGCGUCACGGAGGCGAGGCUCACAUCAACGAGCCCUCCUCCAUUGGCAGCCUGCAGGAGGCGGCGGUCAAUAAGAACCUUGAUGCAUUUGAGGCCUUCAAGAAGACCACGUUGGAGAGUGUGCGCCGGUGUGCGCUGCGUGGACAGCUCGAUUUCGUCAAUGAUCGUCAGAAGAUCGAUCUAUCUGAGGUGGAGCCCGCCAGCGAGAUUGUCAAGCGCUUUGCCACUGGUGCCAUGAGCUUUGGCAGCAUUUCCCUGGAGGCCCAUCAAACUCUGUCCAUUACCAUGAAUCGCAUUGGCGGCAAGAGCAACACCGGUGAAGGUGGCGAGGAUUCGGAUCGUUAUUUGAAUCAGGAUCCCAAUAAUAGCCGCCGUUCGGCCAUCAAGCAAGUGGCUUCCGGUCGCUUUGGCGUGACAGCCUCUUACCUGGCCAACGCCGAUGAUCUGCAGAUCAAGAUGGCCCAAGGAGCAAAGCCGGGCGAGGGUGGCGAGUUGCCGGGUUACAAGGUGACCAAGGAUAUUGCCAAGACCCGAAAGUCGGUGCCUGGAGUGGGUUUAAUCUCUCCACCGCCGCAUCAUGACAUCUACUCCAUUGAAGAUUUGGCUGAGCUGAUCUACGACUUGAAGUGCUCCAAUCCUAAUGCACGCAUCAGCGUGAAGCUGGUGUCCGAAGUGGGCGUUGGUGUUGUGGCCUCCGGUGUAGCCAAGGGCAAAGCCGAGCACAUUGUUAUUUCGGGACAUGAUGGAGGAACCGGCGCCAGCUCAUGGACAGGCAUCAAGAAUGCCGGAUUACCCUGGGAGCUGGGCGUAGCCGAGACGCAUCAAGUACUCGUGCUAAACAAUCUGCGAUCACGUGUGAUUGUACAAGCCGAUGGACAGCUGCGCACAGGAUUCGAUGUUGUGGUGGCUGCUUUAUUGGGUGCCGAUGAGUUUGGUUUCAGUACAGCUCCAUUGAUAGUUAUGGGCUGCACAAUGAUGCGCAAGUGUCACUUGAACACCUGUCCGGUGGGCAUUGCCACCCAGGAUCCAGUGCUGCGCAAGAAAUUCACUGGCAAGCCAGAGCACGUGAUUAACUUCUUCUUCAUGUUGGCCGAAGAUAUCCGUAAAAUCAUGGCCGGUUUGGGCAUUCGCAAGUUCCAGGAUCUGAUUGGUCGCACCGAUCUCCUGCGCAUCGCUAGUCAGCGCGAUGCCAAGGCCAGUAACUUGGACUUGAAGCUGCUCCUGCAACCAGCUUUGGAACUGCGUCCCGGCACCAACAUUGUAGGUGGCUCUGUCAAGCAGGACUUCCAGCUGGAGAAGCGUUCGGACAACCAACUGAUUGCCAAAGCUCAGCAGAUCUUUAAUGGAUCCGAUGACAACGUCACCGUCAAAAUGCGCAUCCAUAACGAGGAGAGAGCCUUUGGUUCUACUCUCAGCUACCAUAUUGCAUGUAAAUAUGGCGAGGCUGGUCUCCCCGCUGGCAAGAGCAUCGACAUCUUCCUGGAGGGAUCCGCUGGUCAGAGCUUCUGCGCCUUCUUGGCCCGUGGCGUUAAUGUAACUCUGAAGGGAGAUGCCAACGAUUAUGUGGGCAAGGGUCUGUGCGGUGGUAAUGUGGUCAUCACACCACCAGACACUGCUCCCUUCGAAUCGCAUCUGAACGUCAUCGUGGGCAAUGUCUGCCUGUAUGGAGCCACUGAGGGAACAGCUUACUUCCGUGGUAUUGCCGCCGAGCGCUUCUGCGUGCGCAACUCCGGAGUCACGGCUGUGGUGGAGGGUGUAGGCGACCACGGAUGCGAGUACAUGACUGGAGGACUGGUGGUGAUCCUGGGUCUCACAGGCCGCAACUUUGCCGCCGGCAUGUCUGGUGGAAUUGCCUACGUAUACGAUAUUGAUGGCUCCUUCAAGCCCAAGGUUAAUCCGGAGAGUGUGGAGUUGCUGCCACUGGAGAUUAGCAAGGAUGUAGAGCUGGUGAAGCAACUGCUGGCCGACUUCAUUGAGAAAACCGGUUCAAAGGUGGCCAAGGAGCUGCUUGAUAACUGGGCCGUGGCACAGUCGAAGUUCGUUAAGGUCUUCCCGUACGAGUACCAGAAGGCUCUCCAGGAUAUGGCCGAGCAGGAGGCGGCUGAACAGCCUCUGAAGCAAUCCGCCAUCGAGAAUGGAAAUGGCAAGCACGAGCCGCACAUCAAGGACAUCGAGGAGGCCAUCCAGGACGUAGCCCUUGAGCAGAAGCGCGCCGACCGCGUGCUGGACAAGACCCGUGGCUUCGUCAAGUACAAGAGGGAAUCAGCUCCUUACCGCGAUGCCGGAGAGCGACAGAAGGACUGGGACGAGGUCUACAACUUCCCGCAUGUGCGCAAGAACCUGAAGGUUCAAGCCGCUCGCUGCAUGGAGUGCGGAGUUCCUUUCUGUCAGUCCAACUCCACGGGCUGCCCACUAGGCAACAUCAUUCCCAAGUGGAACGACCUUGUCUUCCACGGCGAGUGGCAGGAGGCACUGCGCCAGCUGCUGCAAACCAACAACUUCCCGGAGUUCACCGGCCGCGUCUGUCCCGCUCCCUGUGAGGGCUCCUGUGUCCUGGGAAUCUCGGAACCGGCUGUGACGAUCAAGAACAUCGAAUGCGCCAUCAUCGAUCAUGCCUUCGAGCAGGGCUGGAUAAAGGCGGAGAUUCCUGAAGUGCGCACCGGCAAGCGGGUAGCCAUUGUGGGCUCCGGACCCUCGGGUCUGGCUGCCUCUCAGCAGCUGAACCGCGCCGGUCACUUUGUCACCGUCUUCGAGCGCAAUGAUCGCGUCGGCGGACUGCUGCAGUACGGCAUUCCUACAAUGAAGCUAUCCAAGGAUGUGGUCAAGCGUCGAGUGGAUCUGAUGGCCGACGAGGGCAUUGAGUUCCGCACCAAUGUCCAUGUGGGCAAGGACCUGAAGGCGGAGCAGCUGCUGCAGGAGUACGAUGCCGUCCUCCUAACCACGGGCUCCACAUGGCCCCGUGACCUGCCGCUGGCCAACCGUGACCUGAAGGGCAUCCACUUCGCCAUGGAGUUCCUGGAGGCGCAGCAAAAGAAGCAGCUGGGCGGCAAGCAGGACAUCAUCUCGGCGGCGGGCAAGGAUGUGAUCAUUAUCGGUGGCGGAGACACCGGCUGCGAUUGUAUUGCCACCUCGCUGCGUCAGGGUGCUAAGAGCAUCACCACAUUCGAAAUUCUGCCGGAGCCCCCACAGAAGCGUGCCGAUGACAACCCCUGGCCGCAGUGGCCAAAGGUCUUCCGCGUUGACUACGGCCACGAGGAGGUGAAACUGAAGUGGGGCAAGGAUCCGCGCCAGUACUGCACCACCACCAAGGAGUUUGUUGGCGAAAAUGGUACCAUCAAGGGCGUGAAUACCGUCGAGGUGGAAUGGACCAAGACGGAGACGGGACAAUGGCGCAUGGCAGAGGUGGCUGGCUCGGAGAAGUACUUCCCCGCUGACCUCAUACUGCUGGCCAUGGGCUUCCUGGGGCCGGAGAAGACAGUGCCUGGCGAACUGGGCCUGGAGCUGGAUCCGCGUGGCAAUGUUAAGGCCUGCAAUGGACAGUAUGGCACCUCCAACUCCAAAGUGUUUGCCGCGGGUGAUUGCCGGCGUGGCCAGUCGCUGGUCGUGUGGGCCAUCACCGAAGGUCGUCAGGCAGCUCGCCAGGUGGAUUCCUAUCUAACUGGUCGCCCCAGCGGGCUGCCAGGACCAGGCGGCGUCAUUGCGACGUCCUAAGCUGGAAAGCAGCAAGAGCAACAGCAUCUAAUGUCAAGUUUUCUGUGCGUGCAUCGUCCUUAGCCUAUAGAGCGAUAUUCUUUACCGAUUUGCAAUUUGUGAUUUUUAUUUUCGCGAUUUUAGUUUAGUUUACACACUAAAAAAGAAAAAGACUUGAGUUUUUUUACACACCAAAAACCAAAAACAAAACGAAACACGUUUCAUUUACUUAGUUUUAUUUUCAUCGCAAAGCUGGCUGGGAACUGAAUUGAGUUAUUUGUGGUUCGUCGAGACGAUGAUGCCCUCCAUAGGAUGAAGCUGCGGCAGAUGUCAAUUAAGAGUGCGAGAUGCUGAUCGAAUACUUAUAUUAAUAUAUCUUAAUGGAAAUCGAAUAUCCAACAAAAACCUAAGGACAAUAACUAGAAAUUUACCGUUUAUCGUUAAACAAGAAAAUAUUUAGAAAAUGCAUUUUAUUUCAAUGUUGUUCGACUUGUGUUGCCUGUUCUUUGAAAACCAUAAAAUGUGACAAAUUGGUAUGCUGAUCUCCACCCUCCUAUAUACAUAUACACACUAUAUAAUGCGUAUAUACUAUAUAUAUAUAUGCAGACAGACACAAAAUGUAUUAAACUCUCGGCCAAUAUCGUAA